AUCUGACAAUUCAUCCGCAACCUGCGACCAUUUGUUAAUCAAACCCGGAGGCACCGCUUUGUCUGUCCAACUACUCAUAUCCGCGACUGCUCCGCCUCUGCACCACCGCAAUUUCCCGCCCGCCGCCGAUUAAAUAUCACCCUCAUCAAUUGUAAGCGUACUCCGGGUUAUUUGCUUGUUCUUGUACGUAUAUGCGUAAACGCAUAUGUUUACAUAAACAAUUAUUGAGCUAAAGACUGAAUUUUGUUGAAGAGUUGGAUGUAGAAUUAGUUCUCUGUUGAAUGUACCACGUACUAGAUGGAUGAAGUUUCUCUCAAUGGGGAAGCUGCAUAUGAUGAUGAGGCUGAGGGAUUUGAGAUUGAUGGAGAAUGUGCAAUGACAGAAUAUGUUGGUCAAACUGGUAAUGUUCUACUUGGUGAGAAUCCACUGCCUCCAGCUGUUGGGAUGGAGUUUGAGUCUUAUGAUGAUGUUUAUUACUUUUACAAUUGUUAUGCAAAACAACAAGGAUUCGGUGUAAGAGUAAGUAAUACUUGGUACAGAAAGAGCAAGGAGAGGUAUAGAGGGAAAUUAAGCUGCAGUAGUGCAGGGUUCAAGAAGAGAUCUGAAGCCAGCCGGCCAAGACCUGAAACUCGGACCGGCUGUCCUGCAAUGGUUAAGUUUAGGUUGAUGGAGAAUAAGAGGUGGAGAAUUAUAGAAGUUGAGCUUGAGCACAAUCAUUUAACCAGUUCAACUAGUUCUAAAUUCUAUAAAUCUCAUAGGAUAAUGGAUCUUGGAAGUAAGAGACCUUUGCCAAUCGAUGGAUCUGAGGAAGUUCGUAAAAUCAGGUUGUUUAGAACAGUGGUUAUUGACACAGAGGAUAACGGGUUUUCAAGCUUUGAUGAAGGUGACUUUAGGAAUAAUAUUGAUCAGAGUGACGACAAGUUGAACCUUAAACAAGGGGACACUCAAGAAAUGCUUGACUUUUUUACAAGGAUGCAGUUGGGUAGCCCAAGUUUCUUUUAUGUGAUGGAUAUUAAUGAGAAAGGAUGCUUACGGAACACAUUCUGGGCUGAGACAAGGUCUAGGCCCGCCUAUGGUUAUUUUGGGGACGUUAUAUUCAUUGAUACUACGACUUUAAUCGAAAAAUACGAGGUUCCUCUUGUGUUAUUUACUGGUGUCAAUCACCAUGCACAGCCCAUGUCGCUGGGCUGUGGCUUAGUUUCCAGUCAGACUGUGGAGUCCUUUACAUGGCUGUUCAGAGCAUGGCUGACAUAUAUGGUGGGACGUCCUCCACAAACUGUUAUUACCAGCCAGUGUAAAGCCUUGCAAAAUGCUAUUUCCGAGGUUUUUCCUAGAGCUUUUCAUUGUCUUUCUUUGACUAAUAUUAUGAAGAAGGUUCCAAGUGAACUGGGUAGGUUGGAGGAAUAUGACGCAAUCAGAAAGGCAUUUACUAGAGCAGUUUAUCACUCAUCAAGAGUAGAUGAGUUUGAAGCAGCUUGGGAGGAAAUGGUGCAGAGCUAUAGGCUUAUGGAUCAUAAAUGGCUUCAGAUGUUAUAUGAAGAUCGGAAGCGGUGGAUUCCAGUCUAUUUGAAAGAAGUUUUUUUGGCAGGAAUGUUUACCGUAAAAGAGAAUGAGAGGUUGACUUCACCGUUUGAAGAAUACUUGAGCCCACAUACUUCACUUAAACAGUUUUUCAGCAGUUAUGAUCGAGCUCUGCUGGAAAUCAACCAAAGAGAAACAAUAUCUGAUUUAGAAUCAAAAAACUCUAAUUCCAUGCUAAAGUCAAGAUUCUAUUUUGAGUUGCAGCUCUCGAGACUAUAUACAAAUUGCAUAUUUAAGAAAUUUCAAGAUGAAAUAGAGGGCAUGUACACUUGUUACAGUAUAAGACAGAUGAACAUAGAUGGCUCUAUCGUGACUUACAUUGUUAAAGAAGACAUCCAAGUCGAGGAGAACUGGAGGGAAACAAGGGACUUCAAGGUGACGUACAAUGCUUCUGAUGCUGAAGUUCUUUGUGCAUGUGGAUUAUUCAACUUCAGGGGUUAUUUGUGCAGACAUGCAUUAAGUGUUAUCAACCAAAUUGGUUUGGAGGAGAUUCCACCCCGGUAUAUUCUUGCAAGAUGGAGAAAAGACAUAAAUCGUAGCUAUAUUUUCAAUCAUGGCUGGAAUGGCAUUGAUGUUAACAACCCUGUGCAUAGAUAUGAUAACUUGUACAAAUGUGCUAUAAAGGUUGUUGAGGAAGGGAGGCAAUCACAUGAUCGUUACAAGUUCACUUCUCAAUCUUUAGAUGAGAUACUAAACAAGGUUCGUAUCUAAUAGGAUUAUGAGGCUAACUCUGUGUAGAUUCUGUGCUUUGUAUCUUGAAAGUCUCUAUCUCAUUCUAUCUAGCAAUCGUGGCAAGUGUGGGCAAUUGCCACAAUCAUGCUUGGAAGAACCUGUUAGCCUAGGAAUAGCAGUUGUGUAGAAUAUGCAAGUUAAUGUACAAAGGUUAAAAUCCAAAGACAAUUAUUCCUCAAGUGGACAUACUCAUUGACUAUCUAGAUUCUUUUUCUUUGGUGGUA